AAGAUUGGGAAGUAAAGUGUAAUAAUUAUAUAUAUACAUGGCAAGAGAUAUCUGUUGGAGAAGGCAAUUGACAUGAGCCAAGUUAGUCAGAAUUAGGCAGAGUAAUGCAUAAAACAACAAUUUUUUGUUGGUUGGUAUUACUUAACUCCUUCCUAAAAAACAAUCAUUCUUUUGGGGUCCUAUAAAAUUUAUUCUCAUAAUUCAACUACUUAAGCUUUUCUAUGAAGCAGAAGAGAGCGAUUUCCUCUUUGUUACUUCACAUUUGCCUCAAAGUGUCUUCUGUUUGGUGAAAUGGAUAGAAAGCAGGAACAAGACAAGGGGAACUCAAACAUGUCUGCCAUUGAUGUUACUGUAAUAACUCCGAAAGUCCCAAAAGCAGUUUCACCUGUUUCUUCUGCAGCAGAGGGUGACACCUUAAGGAGGCCACGUGGCAGGCCAGCCGGCUCAAAAAACAAGCCUAAGCCACCAAUAAUUGUGACCAGAGACAGUGCCAAUGCACUGAAGGCUCAUGCCAUGGAAGUGAGCUCAGGCUGUGAUGUGAAUGAAAGUUUGUUGAACUUUGCAAGGAGAAAGCAACGUGGCCUUUAUAUACUCAAUGGAACAGGGUGUGUAACAAAUGUAACACUGCGCCAACCAGGUUCAUCUGGUGCCAUUGUGACCCUUCAUGGUAGGUUUGAGAUUCUGUCACUGCUGGGGUCAAUUCUUCCACCACCAGCCCCUCCAGGGAUCACAGGCCUCACAAUUUACUUGGCAGGUGCUCAAGGGCAAGUUGUGGGAGGUGCUGUGGUUGGUGCUUUGAUUGCUUCAGGGCCUCUUGUGAUCAUGGCUGCAUCAUUCAUGCAUGCUACUUUCGAUCGUCUUCCUUUGGAAGAUGAUGAACUUUCUGCUGCAAUGCAGAAUCAGCAUUACCAAAAUGGACGCACCCACCAUCUUGACAUCUCUGACUUGUAUGCAAUGCCACAGAACCUCCUCAUGAAUGGAACAAUGCCCCCAGAGAUAUACUCUUGGGCACCAGGGCGGAACUUGUCAAAAACCUGAAACUUACCACAUUCUUGGUCAGUUGUUGUUGUCCUUGUCUUACAUCCAUACAAUGCACUGUAGUGUAGCUAUUAUAUUUUCAGGUUCUUGUACAAGCAAGGGGUCUUCUAAGGUUGAUGCUGCUUAACAAGAUCAUAUAUGCUUAAUGCUUCUUCUACUGUAUUAACAAUACAAUUAUUUUAGCAGAUUAAUCAGUGUUAUGAUUUUCAAUACAAUAAGAUCUAAUUUUCAGAGUUAAUACUGUUUAGUGCUGAAUU